GGUUUGGGCGGGAAAUCAUGUGAGGUAUCAUAUGACACGAAUUUGUCAUCUAUAAAAUCGAAUCAAUGCUAUAUUGGACGCAAGUUGCACUUUCCCUGCUUGUGAACCAACAACUAGCAAAGAAGAAGUGAAAUCUAAAGGAGCGGUCUCGAUCCUAAAGAAAACCAAGCAAAAUGAAGUUAAUUUUGUUUUUGAUUCCGUUGGUUGCUGGCAUGUACGUGCCUUCGGAGCACGACAUAAUGAAAGAUGCAGCAUGGAUCGAGUGGAAGCUGAAGCACGGAAAGUUUUACAAAGAGACGAAAGAAGAAAGCGUUAGGCGUGCAGUUUGGGGUAUGAAUUUACAGGACAUCCUCAGACACAAUGCCGAGGGAGGCCACUCAUACAAGAAAGGGUUGAACCAUCUAUCAGAUCUGACACAUACAGAGUACAAGGAAACAACAGUUGGAUGUGUUCGUGUUCCAGAGAAACUUUUUAACAAAACUGCCAAAUUUAUGAAACUUGCCAAUGUCAAACUGCCUGCAUCUGUUGACUGGAGAACAGCAGGGUAUGUGACUCCUGUGAAAAACCAAGGCCAAUGUGGGUCCUGUUGGUCAUUCAGCUCAACAGGUGCUCUUGAAGGUCAACAUUUUAGAAAAACUGGAAUUCUUAUUUCCUUGAGUGAACAAAACCUUGUUGACUGCACAACUAGUUAUGGCAAUGAAGGAUGUCAUGGUGGAUGGAUGGAAAAUUCUUUCAAAUAUGUCCGUGACAACAAGGGUAUUGACACUGAGACAGGAUACCCAUACUAUGCAAGGGAACUUGGAUACUGUUACUUCAGAUCACAGUAUGUUGGUGCUACAGAUACAGGAUUUGUUGAUCUUCCAAGUGGUGAUGAGGAAGCACUUAAACAGGCUGUAGCAACAAUAGGACCAAUCUCUGUGGCAAUAGAUGCCAGUCAUCCAUCAUUUCAGUCUUACAGAUCUGGUGUGUACUAUGAGCCAAGCUGUGGUAAUGGUCUUGCAAAUCUGGAUCAUGCUGUACUUGUAGUUGGGUAUGGAACAGAAGGUGGAAGGGACUAUUGGCUUGUCAAAAACAGCUGGGGAACAAGCUGGGGUGAUCAAGGGUAUAUAAAAAUGUCAAGGAACCUUGCUAACCAAUGUGGUAUUGCAACAAAACCAAGCUACCCUGUUGUGUGAUUGCAAAUAAAUAUACAUUGAAUUACCCACACAACAAAUUGAUGUUCAAUGGCAGAACACAGCAGAUGCAAGGUGAUUUUCACAGCAACAAGAAUGAUGCUGUGAGCCACAAUCAAGCUUUAACAAAUAACUUACAAAAAAUCAUUUUCUCUGUGGAUGGAAUUCUGAACAAUUUGUAAAUAAAAGAGUUACAGCUUUGUGAUCUAAAAGAAUUGCUGCUUUUUAGGAUUAAACAAUUUAAUGACCCCAUUCAUGACAUUUUGUAUUUAUUGCACUAACCAUUUUCGAAUAUUUACAAAAUGAGUAGUCCUAACCAGAGUUUGUAUUGCAAUAAAGAGAUUACAGAUGUUUUAUAAGAUUUGAAAUGUAUAUGGUUUUUCCAAACCAAUAAAUUCAGUGUAGCAUUUUAGGAAGAGAUGUAUCAAUUUUUUAAAACUUCACUUUAAAUAUUGCUUUAUAUAAAACAUAUCAAGAAAUUAGAAUGAAA